UAAACCGGGGAGAACCGGGUUGUUGCUUGAUUGCGAAGUGUAAAACCCUGCGACUACUUUCCGAAGUUCUACCAAACUAUACUUCAACUUCCAACUUCUAACUUCCAAGUUUGUCUACAUUGGCCGUGGGUAGCAAAGCAGAAUCCUGACUAUGCAUCACUAAUCACUAUUAUUGCAGUUCAGGUUAGUUUUCUACCUCUAUAGUUCUCACAUACUCCUCUCUCUCUCUCCGCACAAACACACGCAUACUCUAAAGACCCAAUAAAAGCGUAUGAACACACUAUGCAAUGGUAUUGAUUCCCAAUGGUUACAAAGCUUACAUCUUUAAUGAAUUUCAAUAAAAUUUCAAGAUGGGUAUUUUCAAUUAAGUCUCUUUCUUCAGUUUCUAGUGUAAUUCAUGUUCGAACAUUUUCAAAAUCCCACCAAAAUUUGAUAAAUAGAAGUGAAAUUGACCCUCAGAUACAGUUUUUAAAGAAUGGAUUGUGCCCAGAUAAGUUAAUCAAGGUUUUGGAUAAUACCCAUGAUUUGAAUUCGGCUCUAAAGGUAUUUAAAUGGGCUUCUCUUCAAAAACAGUUUAGGCAUACUGCUUGUACCUAUUCUAGGAUUAUACUGAAAUUGGGUUUUGCUGGAAAUGUGGAUGAUAUGGAGGGAUUUUGUAGGGAGAUGGUUAAAGAUAGGUACGAAGGCGGCGAAGAUGCUCUUAAUGGUUUGGUGGAUGUAUUUGUUGGUGAUGGUAGGUUAGAUGAAGCUAUUAAGGUGAUUUUGGUUAUGAAUUCUAGUGGGUAUAAGCCUUCUAUAGGUAAAUGGAAUAAUGUGUUAGGUGCUCUCGUGGAGGGGAAGAGAGAAUUUCGUAAUGUGCUAUUGAUUUAUAAGGAGAUGGUGAAAUCUGGAACUCUUCCUAGUGUCCAUACUUUGAAUUAUCUAAUAAAAUCGUUAUUUGAUGCGAACAUGGUUGAUAACGCCUUAGAACAAUUCAGAAGGAUGAAGAAGAAAGCAUGUGCUCCUAAUUGUAGGACCUUUGAGAUUGUCAUACAUGGCCUUGUGGUUGCAGAUCUAUGGAAUGAAGCGUUUGGCGUAAUGAAUGAAAUGUUUGAAGAGGGGGUAAAUCUUGAUAUGAGAUUUUAUGAAAAUGUCAUACCGCUAUUGUGUAAAGAGAAUAAGCAAGGAGAAGCCAUGAGGUUGUUCAAUAUGAUGCGAGUUUCAGAGUUUAAGCCUGAUUUUUGCAUAUACUCAUCUCUGAUCAAAUGUUUGUGCUUAAAUAAUUGCCUAAGCGAAGCAACUGAGCUUUACCAUGAGAUGAAAAAUGCCGAUUUUAGUCCUUCAGUAGACGUGCUUGUGGACAUUUUGACUGCAUGCUGUAAACUUGGGAACCUAGAUGAGGCGAGAAAUCUGUUAGAUGACAGUCAUGUUGUCGACCCUUCUCCUUAUAAUGUGCUACUUCGAGGUUACUGUGAUGGUCAAUGUUCUGUAACUGCAAAAGAUUUACUUCAUAGAAUGCUACACAUGGGUCUCGCAGACCAUCUAUCCUGGAAUAACCUCAUAUUAGGGCUUUGUAAUGAACAGUAUGAUAAGCAAGCUUAUGAAAUUCUUGGAAAAAUGAUUACUUCAUCUUAUUUGCCUGACUCUGCUACUUAUUCUGCCCUUGUCAUUGGCAAGUGUAAGUUGAGCAAGUACAAGAAUGCUCUGGAGCUGUUUCGACAAGUCAGUGAGAAAGAUUGGGUUUUGGAUCCUUAUUCGUAUGAGGAGCUAAUUAGAGGACUUUGCAAUAUAGAAAUGUUUGAAGAGGCCUCUGAAGUGUUUAUGUUCAUGUCGUCAAAAAGUUGCUUCCUCCAUUCUUCUUCAUUCAGUUGCUUGAUCAAAGGUUAUUCUGCAACUCGAAGAGUGGAUGAAGCAAUCAGGCUAUUAAAGCUGGGACAUUAUUACAAGAACCCUGUAAAUACAAUGAUCUAUUCAGCUAUAAUUCAUGGUUUGUUAAAAUUCAGCAGGCCAUAUGAAGGUCUAGCUUUCCUCUCGCAAAUUCUGAGACGUGGUCUGGUUCUUGAUGUAGAAGCAUAUUGCGUCCUCAUCCAGUGCAUGGUUUCUGUACGUGAAACAAAUCAUGGUGUUUUGUUUCUCAAUGAGAUGGUUAGUAAAAGUUUACUCCCUGACAGUGAAACACUUGCUAGCCUCUUGUCAUAUUUAGCCAACCACUCUCAAUUAAAUUUAAUAUGGAUGCCAAUAAAAAAGCUAUGUAAGGAAAGUGAGAUUGUUGAUGCGAAAAUUUACAACAUGCUGAUUAAUGGUCUUUGUAAAGAGGGAUAUAAGACUGAGGCAUGUCAGUUGCUUGAUUUGAUGUUGGAGAAAGGUUGGGUUCCGGAUGCUGGUACCCACGGGUGGCUGAUUGGAUCUGUUUCUAGACAAGAAGCAGAUAUUCAAAUAUUGGAGCCUGAAAAUUCUGUCAUGCAAGAUGAAGUAAGUAGCAUAUUGUCUGAAGGAUUAGGGGAAGCAUAGACAACAUAAUGCUCCAUAUAGCUGCACGUACAACUGUUCCAGGCUGAUAGUCACUCUCCCUUGCCGGUUGACUUGUGUCAACAAUGCUGUGAUAGGUUGACCCAAGAAAGUCACACAGUUUUUGAGGCACUUGAAUUUAACACAGUACUCGGUCUGCAAUGUUUGAACAGGUGAGCAUAACCACCUUCCUCAGUUCCUUGUGGCAUGUCAUCGCCAUAUGGUCUUAUACUGAUAUGUCGAGUCCGCUAUGAUUUGGUUCUUAACUACAGCCAAAGGUAGAAUAGCCAGUAAACUAAUUUCCUGUCAUAUAGUUGACAUUCAGCUGAGUAAAGAGGGUGCCAUUCUACUACUUCACGCUCGUCACCCCGACAAAUCGUUGACAUCCAGAGGAAGGUGGUACCGGCUUGGCGAUUUACCCAAUUAAAUGCAAUUCUGCUGCAGUGUAGAUGGUGUCGACGAACACCAAGUGAAUAACUAAAAUACCCCCUCAUGGUGUACUCUAAAUAGCCAGACUAUAUUUGGAAAAGUUCUCAUCCAGGAGGAAGAUCAGUCAUGCAGAGCAAUAGGCAAUGCAGAGUGAGCUUGAAUGUUUUGAAUAGCAUUUCUUCUGAAUCAUUCAUACUGUUGGUAAAUUAUAUUCUUCCAUUUAGAAAAUGUCAAAUUACUUGUAAAUAUUAUUAAGAUAAAAUGAAAAUAAACAAAACUUCAUGUAUUCCCUCAUUUGAUUCUGUGUCCCCAACUGAAUAUAAAAAGUAGCAUUUUUUCUUGAUCA